AUGUCUCAAAAAAACACUCACCAAAGUAAAAAGACAAAUCUUUCUCCAAAAUUGGCCCGUAAUUGGAAACGUGGAAACGUCCUUACAAAGCUGGACUUUACGGGGCGUAACCCUUUCAUGGUGGUGGAAAAUCUACAAAAACAAAGAGUGAUAAAAAAAGACAACUACAAAGAAGAGCAACACCUUUUGUCUACGGUAGAAAAGCCUGUCGAUAUUGUAGAUGGGUCGGCGCAAGAACCAGUCGUUGAACAUGAACAUACAACCAUGGUGAAUAAUAUUAUCGGAAGACAGGAGUUUGCACAGAUGCCCACGGAGAAGUUGAGAAUCUAUGCCAUAUCUCUUGAAGUAACACUACGUAAUCACAAAUCAACCUGGGCUUGA